AACUUAUGAUGAUUGGGUGUAUAUUCGUGAGUUUAAAGAAUUCCUUCAACACUUCUAUGAUCUCAAGAAUAAGGUUUCUGGCACCAAGUACAUUACAGCAAAUACCUUCUUGGAAGAGAUUGCUGCUGUGAAUUUUCUGUUGGGUGAAUGGAGUGAUCGUGUGAUAUGUGGUGAUGAUAUAAUCUUUAAAAACAUGGCUACCAAGAUGAAAGAUAAGUAUGAAAAGUAUUGGGGUGAUCUGGAGAAGAUGAACAAGUAUAUAUUCAUUGCUGCCAUCCUUGAUCCUAGGACGAAGGAAUCUCAUUUCUUUAAGGGCCUAAUUGAAGACACGUACGGCAGUAUCAUAGUCCUUUCAAAAUUGGCCCGUGACAUACUAGCAAUACCAAUCUCAACGGUUGCUUCUGAAUCAGCUUUCAGUACUAGUGGGCGUAUUCUAGAUGACUUUAGAAGCUCUUUGACACCAAUGACACUCCAAGCCUUGAUAUGUACGCAAGAUUGGUUGCGCCGUAAGUGUAUCAACAUUGAAGCUGAUCUUGCGGAGUUGACCAAACUAGAGGAAGAACUUGGAUGCCUCCAAGUUGAUGACAAUGACAUAAUCUCUCUGGAUUGAUCUGGCCAUCUGGGGACUGGGGUGAUCGG